UUAAAUUCUACUUACUAUCUCUGUGUCUUGUUUUCUUCUGUCAGGAAACGGUGCUCAUCUUGCGGUUUUGGUUUACACAGUGCUUGUGGUUUUCCUCUGGAAUGUGCAUCUGCUUUUUGGCUUUUCAUUUUUCCUUCUUUCAUUCAUUCAUCCAUCCAUCCAUCCAUCCAUCCAUAUAAACCAGCCUCUGGUGUGCAUGUAUUUUUCAUAAACGUCCUCCACAGUCUGUGUUUUUCAGGCCUAGCGUUUGAUUCGGCUCGGCAACGUCAACUGCACACGCAUUCUGAACACAAACCUCUUCGGUAAUAUUAACACACACUCAAAGCAGGAAUAUUUUGCAGGAAUAUCGAAGAUUUGAUGAAGAAACAGCCAGCUUCUGUGUCUCCAGUGUGGCUGCACUGCAGCACACACAUUAUGCAGGGUGACCGGAACCGGCUGAAACCGGUUUGAGGCAGACGAGGAGGCUCGGAAACAAUACAGUCACUGUGCUACAGGCAGAUAGCCGACUGCUUCAUGGCAGCCAAAAUGGCAGAGGGGUCUUCAGGAGUGAUGCAGCCCAGAGCAGAGACGUUAGAGAGACGGUCUUUGCGGACCUCCAGACGGUUAUGCACGUCAGGGCCGGGCGGCAGCCAUGAGAACUGAGCAGAUAUGGUGACCGUGGGUCACUGUGUGCUGUUAUUCAUGGUGGUCACCAUCCAGAAUGGUCUCUGGCGUGCCUUUCCUCCUGGUGGAUCGUUUCUUGAAGGGCCCUGCCUAGUGCAAAAAGUGGAUUUUUUCCCUCUGCUGUCAGGGAGAAAGGAGGAGGAGGGUGGUGGUGGUAUUUUGUUGUGGAGGUGGUGAGAGGAAGGAAGGAAGGAAGAAGGGAAGGAAAGCAAGAUUGUUUGCUCUAGUUGUCGGAACACUGAGGGUGUUUAGCUCAUUCUCAUAAGACCAUGGGCGACAUGAAAACCCCAGACUUUGAUGAUCUGCUUGCGGCCUUUGACAUUCCUGAUAUGGUUGACCCUAAGGCUGCCAUUGAGUCCGGCCAUGAUGAUCAUGAGGGACAACUCAAACACAAUGCCCACCAUGAAGAGGACUCCCAUGUCUCCUCUGGUCCAGAUGUUGGGGUUAGUGUUAUUGUUAAGAACGUCCGGAAUUUUGAUUCCACUGAACAUCUCUCAGAGAAGGAUGUUCAUCCCACUGUCGGAAAUGGACUGCACAAUGGUUUCUUGCCCGUGUCACCCAACAACAGAUACAGCAAAGAGAGCGACAAGCUUCAAAAAGGCGAAAUCCAUGGGAUGGCAGGAAAUAUCUCCACAUUUAACCAGUUCAGUCCCAUCUCUAGUGCCGAAGAAUUUGAUGAUGAUGACAAAAUUGAAGUAGAUGACCCUGCCGACAAACAAGGUAAUUUACAGUUUAGACCAAACCCUCUAACCGGUCUGAGUGCAAAGACGGAAGAGCCUCGUUCUCAACACACCAAACCAGAUGGUCCAACUAGGCCAAGAACAAAUGGCAAUUACAGUCAUUUGAAAGUUGAGAAUAGUAGCGCAAAUGGCACAGUGGGACACUCAAACCUAUAUGAAUCUCAAAAACCAAGAAAAACUGAGGAACACUCCAAAGAAAGAUGCCAAGAAGCAAAAGAGCUUGGAGAACCAGUCGUUGAGUUGAAUGUGACCAACCUCUCCCAAGCCAAGGCCAAAUCAUCUGCAAAGCUCUCAUCCUGCAUCGCUGCAAUUGUAGCACUUAGUGCAAAGAAAGCUAGCACAGAAGCAAUGUCUCCAGAAUCCCUAGCCGCACCACGAGAUUCACCCAGAGAGGCUAAAGAGAUCCCAAAGGUUACGGAUAAAUCACCAGAGCAGGAGUCAGCUCUAGAGCUUGGCAAGAAGGUGCUCUCAAAACAACCUGAGAGUCCUUGCAGUGUUACCAGUGAAAGCAGCAGCAGAGAGUCUCCUGCAUCUCCAGCAGGAUCUAUUCCAGUCAUUCCCAAAGUCCGCAUCAAAACGAUCAAGACAUCUUCAGGGCAGAUCAAGAGGACAGUUACCAGAGUCCUGCCUGAGUUUGAUCCUGAAGUCUUGAGGAAAGGUAUCGAUUCAUCACCCAAUGUCGUCUCUUCUUUGCUGUCCUCUUCAACCUCGCCUUCUGUUUUCUCAUCUCCCACGAGAACAUUGCCGACCACAGUAGUAGCAACUUCUGGAGGCUCUGCCAUUGAGGUAACUAAACAAAUGACCAUCAAGCCCGUGGCCACUGCCUUCUUACCUGUCUCAGCCGUUAAGACGGCAGGCUCCCAAGUGAUUAACCUGAAACUUGCCAACAAUACGACUGUAAAGGCCACUGUCAUACCAGCGGCAUCUGUUCAGAGUGCCAGCAGUGCCAUCCUUAAAGCUGCUAAUGCCAUUCAGCAACAAACUGUCAUGGUGCCUGCUUCCAGCUUAACAAACACCAAACUUGUGCCAAAGACUGUCCACCUAACCAACUUAAAUCUCUUGCCUCAGAAUGCAUCAGCGGCUGAGCUCCACCAGGUCCUGACCAAGCCCCAACAUCCCAUCAAGCAAGCUAUGUUGGCCCAACAACAACAGAAGAAAGUGUCUCGGGUCCAGGUUCUAACCAGCUCUCAGAGUUCAGUGGUAGAAGCCUUCAAUAAAGUUUUGAGUAGCAUUAACCCUGUGCCAGUUUAUGUACCCAAUCUCAGCCCUCCAAUUUCUGCCUGUAUAUCUUUACCAUCCCGUGGGUACAAAUGCUUGGAAUGUGGUGAUUCCUUUGCCCUGGAAAAAAGCCUCACUCAGCAUUAUGACCGUCGAAGUGUCCGCAUUGAGGUCACUUGCAACCACUGCGCCAAAAACCUAGUCUUCUACAACAAGUGCAGCCUUCUAUCACAUGCUAGGGGCCACAAAGACAAAGGGGUUGUCAUGCAAUGUUCUCAUCUCAUCUUGAAGCCAAUUCCAGCUGACCAGAUGAUCCUUGCUCCAUCAGUAACCUCCAGUGCUCCCACCUCUUCAGCUAACCUUGGAUCCUCCGUAGUGGGGAGUCCAGGGAAAGGAAACCCAACCACGGUUAUCUCUGCACCCUCUUCGGCUCCUGUUGUGGCUGCCAUGCCUCUAGAUAAGGAUGUCUCUAAGGUCUGCAGAUCGAAUCUGAAGUGCUUGGAAUGUAAUGAGACAUUUCAGGAAGAGUCAUCUCUUGCAAUGCACUACCAGCAGGCUCCCGAAUCCAGUGGACAGAAAACCUGCACCAUUUGCCAAAUGCUACUGCCAAACCAGUGUAGCUUUGCUUCCCAUCAGCGGAUCCAUCAGCACAAGUCUCCAUAUAUCUGCCCUGAAUGUGGAGCUAUCUGUCGAUCUGUCCAUUUUCAGUCUCAUGUGACCAAGAACUGCCUGCACUACACACGCCGAGUGGGCUACCGCUGUGUUCACUGUAGUGUCAUCUUCGCUGACGUUGCUGGUCUCAAGUCGCACAUUCAGGGAUCCCACUGUGAAAUCUUCUACAAAUGCCCUAUCUGCCCCAUGGCUUUUAAAUCGGCCCCCGGUACACAUUCUCAUGCCUACACCCAGCAUCCAGGAGUUAAAAUUGGAGAGCCUAAGCUGAUCUACAAGUGUUCCAUGUGUGACACCGUUUUUACCCAGCAGACUUUGCUCUACACGCACUUUGACCAGCACAUAUCCAGUCAGAAAGUGUCUGUCUUCAAGUGUCCGGACUGUUCGAUGCACUACGCCCAAAAGCAGCUCAUGUUGGAUCAUAUUAAAUCCAUGCACGGCAUCUUAAAGACCAUCGAGGGCCCUCCAAACCUGGGCAUCAAUCUCCCUCUCAGCUCCAAACCUACUAAUUCCAUGAGCCCGAAUAACAACAACAAAGAGGGUGUCUCUAUCAGCAGCCUUGAGAAAGCAGAGAGGAAGCCAACAUCCCCAACAAAAAAGAAUAGUAAUGGGACAGACCUUCCCAAAAAAGCCCCGCUGUCCAUCUCCUGCCCUGGCUGGACCUGCAGGGAGUGUGACCGCUUGUUUACACAGAGAGAAGUCUUCAUUGCUCACAUGAAAAGAGAGCAUGGGAAGCAACUGAAAAAGCAUCCAUGUCGACAGUGUGAAAAGUCCUUCAGUUCCUCUCACAGUUUAUGUAGACACAACCGAAUCAAACACAAGGGCCUACGGAAGGUCUACUCGUGUCCACACUGCCCAGAACCCAGUCGCACUUUCACCAAAAGACUGCUGCUAGAGAAACACAUUCAGUUGAUGCAUGGCAUCAAAGACACAGAGGCCAAGCUUCCAGCAGAUUCCAGCAGUGCAGAGGCCACCCCAGACAAAGAGCAGGUCCCCAGUCCUAAACGAAAGCUCCACUCUGAAGAUGAGGAUGCUGAGAGGGAAGAGGAAGUGGAGGAGGCCGGAGGAGAGGUGAUUUCUACUCAGCGGUCUAAGAGCUCAUCCUCACAGCCUCUAAAGAAGCUAAAGAUCAACGUCUUUAAGACACACAAAUGCGCAGUAUGUAGCUUCACCACAGAGGACAUUGUGCGUUUCCACGAGCACAUUCCCCAGCACAAAACCGACGUCUCGUCCUACCAGUGCCGUGAAUGCGGUCUGUGCUACACCUCGCACAACUCCCUCGCCCGACACCUGUUCAUCGUGCACAAGCUGAAGGAGCCCCAAGGACUCGGGCGACGCAACGAGCAACAAGAAAACACGCCCAACCUAGACGCCAACGACGGUAUCCCAGAUACUCAAUGUAAAGUAUGUUCAAAGACAUUUGAAACAGAGGGAGCCUUAAACACACACAUGCGGACACACGGAAUGGCCUUCAUUAAGUCCAAACGGCUGAGUGCAGCUGAGAAGUAAGAGCGAGGUAGUGCCCCCUAGUGGAUGGGUGUUGGUUUGCAAGGAAUUAAUUGUUUGUAUGUUGUACGUAUAGAAGCGUUUGACGUCGUAUUCCUUCACUCUGGCCUCUUUGUAUGCUCAUUUGUUGUGCAUACUUAUACAUAUAUAUAUAUAUGUGUAUAUAUAUAUAUAUAUAUAUAUAAAUAUACAAAAUGUAUAAAUCUAUACACACAGAAUGUGUGUUUAAAAAUGUGUAAUAUAUUAAAAACGAAUUUAUGUGUAUUUAAUUAUCUAUGAGAACACAUUUUGUAUACUUUAUGAUAGAUGUUUGUAUGCGUGUUGGAUAGACCUUUUUUAUAGAUUCUUUUUAUUUUCUAUUUUAGACAGUUCUCGUUGUUUUCUCGUGGGAGCAGAUGCUGUCCAAAUGGCUGUCUCAGUCUUGGGAUGCUUUCGGUCCCAGUUUUCGAACUGCUGCUAAAAAAAAGUGCACAGAAUGUCACCGUUACACUUCUCAGUGAGACAUUUUGCACUCAAAAAGGACAAUCAGUCCGCAACCUACAACACGAGCAGGAAUAGCGUCUCCUAAAGCAGCCGAAAAUGGCGUUUGACUGAAGAUUUGGUUGUUGAAUUGAGCCUGAAAGCUUUUAUGGUGCAUUUCUGUUUUGUGAAUUAGUCGUCCAUUUAAAACUACUAUAAUUUAGCACUACGGAAGAACAAGACAUGAAAGUAGUUUGUUAUCUAUCUCAGCCACUGCCAAGAGGUCGUGUUGAAUCAAUAUGUGCUUUUUAACUUCGUGUCGUCACAGCUGGACGAUUCUCCUCACUUCAUUUCUUCUCAGGCAGCUUGUUCCAAAUCAUAAUUUGUUUGUUUGAUUGUAUUUGUGUUUUGGAUUAUUACCACCCUACAGUGUUGCAACUUUGGCCUGUUAUAAAGAACCACAUUUUGGAUUCAUUUAAUUUUGAGGUACUUUGGGAAGCUUUUAUUUGUAGAUAUGUGAAAGUGCAAAUGAAACAAAUCGCAUAUGUCAAUUUAGCCUGUUUUAUUUAAAACCAAAGUUCCUUCCUUACAUAUGAACUCCAAAGUAGGACGCUCCACUCAUAGUUGCGUGUUUUUGAAAUAAGUCAUUCGUAAGUGCUGGUAUACUAAAGUGUGGUCAAGUGCCUCCGGCGCUCGAAAGCCAAACGCUGAUUCGUCAUCAACCCAGUAUGUGUGUUUUUUUAUUUAGAGCAGCAUGUUAUGGAAAAGUCUCGAGGUUGGUGUUCCACGGACUCACAUGCUAAGUGUGAAAAAAGGAAAAAAAGAGCUGCCUUCACUAUAAAUGAAUGUUUUGGUCACAAUGUGAAAUUUGCUUUAAAAUGUCUUUGCAUUUUUUUCCCUCUCUAACCCAUUCAUUUCAGCGUUUCACUUCAUGAGGAGCUCAGUACUAGUUCUCGAUUUUCAUUUGUCCUGGAAACUCAGCAUUUUGCUCUUCUUUUCCUUUGGAUAAAUGAGUACUAUUGCGGAUGCAUAUGUGCAUGAGAGAAGCCAUUCACGGUGGUUGUUCUGUUUUAUAGAAUGUCUUGCUGAUGUUCGGUAGACUUUGUUCUAUGUUUGUGCAAAAAACGUUAUCAUUAAUAAAUGAUACAUACACAAAUAUCUAACAUGUCUAAACUGGUAUGGAGUUUGUGUGCUUCAGCGCUCGCUUUGCCUCAUUUUAAUUAGCCUGAAAGCAAUUUCCUUUCAGCCGCUGGUCUUGGUCGCCAUGGUUACAUGGGAAUUUAAAGUCAAGAUUCUCAGAAUAAGGGACCACUGUGAAAUGCAGCGAUGUGAUUGGUGCGUUCAUGUUGACAAGGAUGACAGUGACUUUAAAUUUGUAAUUAAUCACUAACUCUGAGGCUUUUACGGUGGUGGAUAUUAGAGAGAAUAUAUUUUAGCAUUUCAAUGAAUUUCCUCUCUCUGUCACAUGUAUGUUCCUGUUUAGUUUUUUUGUUUGUCAAUUUUUGGUCAUGUUUCCUGUUCCCUGAUUAGUUUAUUCGGUUCCAUCUGUGUUUAUUAAUUAUCCCAUUAGUUCCCUUUGUUUGGUUCAGGUUUAUAAGUCCUCAGUUCUCCCUCUGUCUUUGUCCGAUCUCCGUUAUGAUGAAGUGUGUUGUCUCUGUCUCCUGGUUCCUGAGAGGAUUAUUAAAGUGUUCUGUGUUUGUAACUCGUUUUGAUUCUCCAGUCCUGUUGCUCUUACGACCCUACGUGACACUCUCUUUCCAU